AAUUACUUAAGGCAGUGCUUAAUCCUAUUAGAGUUCACAUCAGAUUGGUAAACAGUAACUACAACAAUGAAACCUUUUCUGGUUUCUCUGUGUCUCCUGGAAACACUUCUACAUGCCUUGGCUCCAUGUGUCCCAGUCUCAGAGUUUCAGCUGGAUGGAGAUUAUUUGUUAGGUGGACUUUUUAAUGUUCAUCAUGAUAGUGACCAUGUUUAUCAUGGCAGACCAGAAGCCAUCGACUGCUCCAGUAAACUCCUAGUAAAUUCAAGUUAUCGAAGGUUUCAGUUAAUGAGAUUCUCUGUAGAUGAAAUCAAUAACUUGACCGACCUUCUGCCAAAUAUAUCUCUUGGUUAUGAGAUAUUUGACCACUGCUCAGAUUCACAAAGUUUCCCCGGCAUUUUCAACCUCAUAUCAGACAACGACUUGAUCCAACAUGGGGGUGAAUCACACCAGAAUCGGUCCAAAGUGAUAGCAGUGGUCGGCGCUUCUACAAGCACACAUUCCCUGACUGUAGCCCCACUCUUCAUGAGGAAUCUAGUUCCUAUGGUCAGUUAUGCAGCUGCAAGUUCUGUCUUGUCAAGAAUCCACAGUUUCCCCUCUUUCAUACGAACAGUGCAUCCCAAUAAAAACAUAAUUGAAUUGAUUGUUAAAAUUGUGCAGCACUACAACUGGAGCUGGGUUGCAUUCCUUUACAUUGACGAUGAUUAUGGCCAAGAUGGACUGGAAUUGUUCUUAAAAAGGAUUGAGGACACUGAGAUCUGCCUGGCGUACACCAAAGGACUCAAUCAAUAUUCAGAUUAUUCCCAAGUAUUCAAACAGAUAGACGCACAGAGGAUAGGUACCAUUAUUGUUUUUGUUCAUGAAUGGACUGCUGAACCUCUCCUUGAGUCAGCAAUACGACUAAAUGUCACCAACAAAGUGUGGGUAGCAGUAAACACAUGGUCGUUAAACAAGAAGCUCCCCAAGGUGAAAGGAAUAAAAAAUAUUGGAACUGUAAUUGGGUUUUCUGAGUCAGAAGUGAUAGUUCCUGGUUUCAGUGAUUUUAUUUAUUCUUCCAGAAGCCAGACUCAUUGUGAACAUAAAGAACAUUCUUUUUGUAAUCAGGCGUGCAACUGCAGCGGCCUGAGUGCAGAAGAUGUCAUUGCUGCUGACCCAUCUUUUAAUUUUAAUGUUUAUUCUGCUGUGUAUGCCAUCGCUCAUGCCUUACACCAUGUCUUGCAAUGUGAAUCUGACACAUGUAAUCCCAAUAUUACAGUGUACCCACACAUGGUUUUUGCAGAGCUGAUGAAGUCAAACUUCACACUUUUAAACCAGAGUAUUCGGUUUGAUGAGUAUGGGGACCCCAACUACGGAUCCUUUUCUAUAGUUUUCUGGAACCAAAGUGGUGAUGCAGAGGUGAUCGGCUUUUAUAAUUUAUACCCACCGUUCCAUUUCUUCAUCAACGACAGCAAAAUCCAGUGGUACACAAAGGGAGAGGUGCCUACUUUACCGUGUUCCCCAGAAUGUGCUGAAGGAUAUGCAAAAAAGUAUAAUCAAAUCCAGAAAUGCUGCUUCGAUUGUGAGAUCUGUCCAGAUGGAACUUAUGUCAACAGCACAGUUGGCUACCACAUCUGUGAAGACUGGGCCGCUGCUGGAGGUUUGGGGUGCACAGGGUGCACACAUCUGCUCAGGUGCAGCACCACUGACCCCGCUGGAGCAUGCAGUGAAUAG